AUGAAGCAGACAUACUUUACGGCCCUAUUGGCGAUACUGCUAGCGACAAAUGCUCUAUCACUUUAUAAACGUGAUACGCCAGCGGUGGUAAAGCUGGAUGUCCGACAUGACCAAGCCCCGGAUUCAGUGAAGAGAAACUACCAAAAAAGAAAAAGAGACGAUACAGUAACCCAGGUGCUCCAGAAUGCGGGAACUAUGUACUUGACCAAUAUGACCCUCGGAAGCCCUCCGCAACGAGUUCGAUUGAUUGUCGACACUGGAAGUAGCGACACAUGGUGCAAUACGAAUUCGUCGGACCUGUGUUCACAAGAGCCUGGCAUUUGCUAUCAGCUCGGAACAUACAACGCCAACUCUUCGUCUACAUACAAAUACUUGAACUCGGGUUUCGAACUCGCAUACGUUGACGGGACUUCAGCCCAAGGGGAUUAUGUUUCGGACAAUUUAACUAUUGGGGGGAAGACUCUCCCCGGUUUUGAGUUUGGCGUGGCGUAUACAUCGUCAUCAACAGGUGUUCUUGGCCUUGGAUAUGUCGGAAGUGAAGCCACCAGGAAAUCAAAACAGGGAAAUUACCCAAAUCUACCCCAGGCGAUGGUUGACAACGGACUCAUAACCUCAAACGCGUACAGUCUCUGGUUAGACGAUCUAGACGCAGAUACAGGCUCGAUUCUCUUCGGAGGUGUUGACACAGAAAAGUACGUGGGAAAGUUGCAGACGGUUUCAAUCUUGCAAAUACCCGGAGAGAACCCCCAGUUCCGUAUUAAUAUGAGCGGUCUUGCACUCAGCGUGAAUGGGAGUAUCGAAGCGACAUACGGACACACAUCGCUCCCAGCUCCGGCCGUUUUGGACUCUGGUACCAGUUUGACCGUCCUACCAGAGCCAAUUGUAGCCAGUAUCUUUCAGGAUCUAAAUGGCACCUACGUUACCCAAAACCCCGGUUUUAUUCCGUGCAGCCUGAUAAACGAGGAUAUUCGCUUAAAUUUCACUUUCUCUACAGCAUCGGUAUCCGUGAGGAUCAAGGAAAUGAUGACUAGCACACGGCCCGGAGCAACAAUGAAAGAUGGUACCCAAGGAUGUGCACUCGGAAUCGUUCCUACAAGUGGGCACAGUUCAGUGUUGGGGGACACGUUUCUGCGCAGCGCAUACGUAGUCUAUGACAUGGACAACAACGAAAUAUCAUUAGCCAACACAAAUUUUAAUGCGAGCAGCAGCGGUGAUGGUGGUGGUGGUUCGGUCCUUGAGAUUGGAGCUACAGUUCCGGGCGCCACUAUGGUGAGUUCUUCUGUGACUACAGCUACAUCUGCAGUGGAAACGUCUCCUAGCUCGGUCCAGAAAAGUACUUCGGCAGCUACAAGUACUGCAAGUGAGAGUUCGGCAUCAAGUGCUGUCGUCUCACGUGGGAUGCUGAGCAAGGAGCCAUGCACUAUUCUAUUUGUUGUGUGUUUGGCGAUCUUGGUGGAACUAUUUGGUUUUCUUUAG